CCCGACACUGCGCCGUCCUCCCUCCGCUCUCCUGAUCCUCUUAUCACUGAAGAGGCGCCUAAGAUGGAUAUUGUCAACCAGUUGGUUGCCACUGGGCAGUUCACCAUCAUCAAACAGCCUUUAGGCUUCAUAAAGAUACUACAAUGGUUUUUCGCCAUCUUUGCGUUCUCCACCUGUGGCUCUUAUUCGGGAGUCUUCCGGAUGAGUGUGGAUUGCAAGAACCGAACAGAGAGUGACCUUGACAUCGAGGUGGAGUUCGCUUACCCGUUCAGGCUUCAUCAGGUGUGGUUCGAUGUACCAACAUGUAAAGGGCCGGAGCCAGAGCGGCUGUUUCUGGAGGGGGAUUACUCUUCCUCCGCCGAGUUCUUCGUCACCAUUGGCGUUUUCUCCUUCCUCUACUCUAUGGCAGCACUGUCCAUCUACAUCUUCCUGUUGGAGAAAUAUCGUGAAGGCAACCGCGGCGCACAGGCUGAUUUUGUGGUGACAGCUCUGUUUACCUUCUUUUGGCUGGUGAGUUCGUCAGCGUGGGCUAAAGGCCUCUCGGAUGUUAAGAAAGCCACAGACCCUGAUCAGGUCAUCAACCUGAUUUCUGCCUGUGACCGCGAGGAGAACCGCUGCCGAGAAGUGCAUGAACCCGUCGUCUCCGGUCUAAACACAUCUGUGGCGUUUGGCUUCUGUAACUUGGUGCUCUGGGGAGGAAACCUUUGGUUCGUCUUUAAGGAGACCGGCUGGCUGGGCGCUUUUGCUGGUACCUACGUGCCCUCUGGAGAAAAGCAGCCAGCUCCAGACUCCUACGGACAGCAGGGUUAUGGGCAGGACCCUUACGCUGGAUCCCAGGGCGGCUACCAGCCCGACUACGGCCAACAAGGAGGUGGAUAUGAAGGAGGAAGCUACAACCAGGGAGGUUAUGAUCAGGGAGGUCCUACCUCCUUCUCCAAUGAGAUAUGAGCCUGUACACACAGCAUAGCAGCUCUGCACAGACCACAAGGAGAUGGCAUUUGUUUGACCAAGGAGUGCGGAGCCUGACUAUUACCCACAAUUCCACACUCCUGAGUUUCCCUAUAUGAACAGUGAGUGUACAGUCGGAGGGAGGGAG